ACAAGGCCUGUUUACAUGGCACAUAUCUCUAUGCAAAGUAUUGUAGAAUGAACGGAAGGGAUAGUAGGUCCUGUGUAGCUCGAGCUACAAAAAACUGCUCUCGAGCUGAGGGUUACUCCAGAGAGAAGUUUGGUACUAGCAUGGAGGGUAACAGAAAAUUUAGUUUGCGCUCAGGGGGUUACUCUAGUGAUAAAUAUCUUAUCAACCGUCAGGGCUACUCCAGGGAAAAUUUUGGUAUAAGUGCAGAGGGUUACUACAAGGAUAGGUUUGGCAUUAGUGCAGAUGAGGAUGGGGAAAUGUUGUUCUCUGAACUGAUCAAGUUGAGCAUAAUCCAGUAUCCACCAAACACGAAUGCAUCAAAUAGCAAGGUGAAAGACAUGUUCCAAGUUAACGGUUUCUUCCAUGGAUAUAUCAUGUCACGGAGAAUGGAUGAUAACCUUGUGUUUGCACCGGAGGGCCGUUGCAGCCCCAGCUUGCAAUGUGCUGGACAACACCUCACCAUUAGCACCACUUGGGACAGAGACGAGAGUGUAUUCAAGAGCAUGGACCUAUCACGACUACGUUCUUUCACAGUAUUUGGGAAGUGGAGGUCAUUCUUCGUCUCUAAGGGUAUCAAUAUGGCACUUCUUAGGGUGCUGGAUCUGGAGGAUACAUCAAGUGUAUCAGAUGGUGACCUCGAGAAGAUAGUGAAGCUACUGCCUUGUCUCAAGUUUCUAUCCUUGCAGUUGCAAACUCUGGAUGUCAGACACACAUGUAUAGUAGAGUUACCAGCCUCCAUCAGCAAGCUACAAAAUCUACAAUAUAUUCGUGCAGGCACCACUUAUGAAUCAUUGGGUCAAGGCCAUGAUGUGCAACAGGAAGCAUCAGAGCAUGAUGAAACACCACAAACUGACAUUGAUGAUGAAGAUGGGACAUUAACUAAAUCAGUAGCGGCAGGCCAUGCUAGCACAAGCAUGAUCCGCAGAGCAGUGGCGGUAGCAGCAACAAGCAAGUCGAGCACAAGUCAACUAUCAGAAACAUUGCCACCAGCUGGCAUUGACAAUGAAUACGGGGGAUUAACUAAAGCAGCAGAAGCAGACAAUGAUGGCACAAGGACAGUCCAAACAGCAGGAGCAGUAGCAGUAGCAGCAACAACAACAACAACACCGGUAGACCGUCAUGGCGUGAGCACUAGUCAACCAUCAGAAACACCAGCACCAGCUGCUAUUGACGGUGAUGAUGGGGCAUCACCUAUACUAGCGCUACUGAGAAGGAGGGCACACGAUCUGGAUAACUGGUUUUCCAAUAAGAAGAAGUUGCGCAGACGCCAACGACUUAAUGAUAAUGGUGGUGGUGUUAAGGUUCAGGCUCACGGGAUUGGGAAUAUGGCGGCCUUGCGUACACUCGGUGUCGUGAAUGUGAGUGGUGCAGGUGGGAAGGCCAUCCUCAAGGAGGUAAAUAAGCUUACCCAGUUGCGCAAGCUCGGCGUGUCUGGUAUCAACCGCAAAAACUGGCACGACUUGUACUCUGCCAUUUCAGGACAUGGUCAUCUCGAGUCAUUGUCAGUAUAUUUUGACAAGGGGGAACCUGCAACAAGUUUUUUUUCUCGUUCGAGUGACAUGUUCUCCGGCCUACCCAAGAGUCUGAAGAGCCUUAAGCUGUAUUCGACGGGUGGGGAAGUACAAGUACCGCCGGUCUUGGUGAAGCAUCUUUACUGUCUCAGAAAGUCUCGUUUUGACCUCAUAGUGUCGACGCAAGAAGAUAUAUACAGCAUUACGGAAUUUCCUCAUCGACGUGCAUUUCGUAAUAUUUAUGUCAAGCCGGUUCAAGAUGGCCAGCUCCAUUAUGGUCAGCGGGAUGAGACGUUGUAUUGUGAUGGUUUCACUGACGCCCCAAUCCUCAAGAUUGACUGUGGCAGCUACAAGCUGGCGAUAUGUUUUGGAUAUUGGAUACCAGAAUACAUUGAGGUGCUGGUGGUUGACUGCUCUACUGCUGAGGCUUCUUUGGAGGUGUCUGGAUUAAAGGAAUUAUCUAGACUCAAGGAGGUGUGGCUCAAGGGUUCCUACAGCGAGGCAAUCAAGCAACAUUUGCAGCAGAAACUUGAUGAGCUACACAGCUCACGCUUGGAGGAGGCAGUUAAGUACGGCAGGGAGUCCAGGUACACAAGAGCUGUCCUGAGGCUGGAGGACCAAGCACAUCCGUCCUGAUUCAUUUCCAUUUCUUCUUCUCUUUAUUCUCUAGUUAUGUGCAUCCAAUGUAAUAGGCACCCAACAAUC